UUGGACAAUUUCAAAGAAACAAUGGCCUCCGACACAGCUGCCGCGCUCAAAGAGCUCCAGAGCUCUCAUCCCCUCAAUCUCAUCGAGCUGUCCGACUCGAUCCGCCCGUCCGGCGCCCAAGACGCCGAGAAGCGCUCCUCAGCCAUCUCCGACACCUCCGCAAAUGCAUUCGAGAACGCGACGCCGGCGGGGUUGGAGGCGGAUCUAAUACACUACAAAGAACUCUUCUCCAAACUCCGCUUCUCCUACGUCGAGCAAGUCACCAAAGAGAAAUUCCUGCGCGCCAUAACCGACAACCCCCCCCUCUUCAUCGAAGCCUCCGAGAACGCCGCGCUAGAAGCCCAGCUCGCCGAAGCAAAAGCCGCCCUCAAAGCGCAAAAAGUCGAAGUCGCCGAGCUCAUCAAACAGCUAGAAUCGCGGGGCAGGAAUCUGAGUAAUCGCUACGAGUCUGUCACCCUCCGCACCACCUCCCUAGCCACCCUCCCCGCCGAGAUCUCAACCCUCGAGUCUGCAAUCGCGUCCCUCAAGCACGCGCAGGCGCCGCAUCCUACCAACCCUUCGCUUUCCCUCCCCCUCCCGGAAACCCUCGAGCUCCUCCAGUCGAAAGAAGCAGAAUUGGCGGCGCUGGACGCGGAACUAGCGCGGCUGCAGACGGCGGUGCCGCGGAAGACGCAUGAACUAGAGAGGAUAGAGGCGGAGCUGCGGCCGCUGGAAGCUCAGAAGACGGCGAAGGUGGCGGCUGCGGUGGAGGCGAGGAGGCGGAGGGAGCAGGGGGGUGGGAUUGGGGAUGAGUUGGAGGAGCGGGGCAGGUGGUUGAGGGCGAGUGAGGCGGCGUUGAAAGGGAUGUUGGAGGUUUGA